AUGAAAAAACCUUAUGAUACUAUUGGCAUUCCACCACCAUCAAAUGACUAUCAAGAUUUUCAAUUUAAAAGAGAAAAAAUUUAUCAAUUUAAUGUUAAAAAUUAUGAUCAAAAAAAAAGUAACUUUAAAUUAUAUAUAAUUUUUUGCCUCUCUGUUUUCCUAACAACAUCAUUAGUUGUAAAAUUAAUUAAAAUUUAUUCUACAACUACUAUAAUUGAAAAAUCACAACUUACCAGCUUCAUGUGUGAUUUUAAUAAUAAAGAGUAUAAAGAAUUAAUGUCACAUAGCGGAAUUAGUAAUGAAAAAAGAAAAUUUACUUGUGAUUUUUUGAAAUUUCUAGAUAAAUUUAAUAAAAAUUAUAAUACAAUUAAUGAAAAAAAAAGUCGUUUUGAACAUUUUUUAAAUAACAUUCAAAUAGUUAAUGAAAAAAAUAAUGCUGAAAAUGAUGUUGUUUUUAAAAUUAAUAAAUAUGCUGAUUGGAGUGAUGAUGAAUUGAGGCAAUUAUUGAUGAGUGAUGAAGAAAUUAAGGAUAUGGAGAAUAUGACAUUGGUAGAUCCAUUUAUAGAAAGUUCAUUUCUUCCAAUAGAAUCAUUAGGUAAUGAUACAAUAUCCAACUUUGAUUGGAGAGAAAAAAAUGUCGUGACAGCAGUUAAAGAUCAAGGAAAAUGUGGAAGUUGCGCAUUUUUUGCAAAUGUUGCUGUUAUUGAAUCAGCCAAUGCCAUAAAAGGUGAACCACUAGCAAGAUUAAGUGAGCAGGAAUUAUUAGAUUGUGAUAAAAAAGAUAAUGGUUGUAAUGGUGCAAAUCGUGUCAAUAUUUUUAAACAUGUUCAAAGAAAUGGUAUCGUAUAUGAAAAUUAUUAUCAAUAUAAGGGUGAACAAAAAGAAUGUAGAAGUAUGAUAGGAAAACCAAGAGUUUAUAUAUCAGGAUAUAAAUAUUUAGGAAGAAAUGAAGAUAAUUGGAUUAGAUAUCUUAAAGAAAAAGGUCCAUUUAGUGUUGGUGUUCAGGUUCCAAAACAAAUGUACUAUUAUUCAUCAGGAGUAUUUAAUCCAACAUUAGAAGAUUGUAAAGAAAAAUCAAUGGGUAGUCAUGCAAUGGCUGUUGUUGGUUAUGGUGAAGAAAAUGGACAAAAAUAUUGGUUAUUAAAAAAUUCAUGGGGACAAGGGUAUGGUAUUGAAAAUGGUUUUAUUAAAAUGAGGCGUGGUGUUAACUCUUGUGGAAUUGCCAAUUAUGCUUAUGGUGUUGAAAUUUAA